GACUCAGGUGCUGGGGAGCGGGCGGCCGCGCGGCGUCGUGGCUGCGCCGGCAGCAUGGACAGCGUGUUCGUGGAGGAGGUGGCCGCCUCCCUGGUCAGGGAGUUCCUCAGCAGAAAGGGCUUAAAGAAGACAUGUGUGACCAUGGACCAGGAACGCCCCCGCUGUGAUCUCAGCAUCAACAGCAGAAGUGAUCUCCGCAAGGUUUUGCAUCUCGAUUUGCUCUACAGGGAGAACAAGGCAAAGGAAAAUCCUCUAAAAACAAACCUUGAACUCAUUACCAGAUACUUUCUGGAUCACACUGAAAAUACCGACAACUUAAAUCAAGAAACUACAAUCCCUGCACUCCCAGCUCCAAAGAAAAAUAACAAGCUGACUUGGAGGUGCUCUGAAACCAUGCUGGUAAAUACACACAAUCUUUCAGGUGAAGGUGCAGGAUGGAGAACGCCACUGUCAGAGGCCGACAAAGCCAGACAUGACAAUCUUGAUGGAGAUUCAUGUGGUAAUUUUGUAUCAUCCAAAAGACCCUCACAGAAGAGUAAGCCCAUGCGUACGGUCCUAGGCGAAAGCCCUACUUUGGCAUGGGAGAAGACAGACCAGCUUCAUUCGGUAGAGCCUUGCAGGGAUGUGAAGAGGCCAGGGGAGAAGACCAGGCCAAAGUCUGGCCUGACUCUCAGGGGCAUGAUGGCUGGGACCAUUGUUAGCUCCUCACAGGACCCUUUCCUCAAAUGCUCUAUAAGGCGAUCCCCAGCUUCAAGUAGCAAGACUUUGAACAUCAAGCCCCAGGUCCCAGAGGAGGAAAGCCAGCAGCAGCCCAAACUCUCUGCCCACACUUCAGCCUUUCCAGGUCCAUCAGAAGCCUCAGCUGCUAGCAGCAGUUCCACUUUAAUGAGGCCCCUGGGUCAGCUGAGUGAAACCACCAUGGAAAAGUGGAAAACUAUUUCUGGCAGCCAAGAGCUGAUCCAUUGGGAUAGGCCCAGACCCAGACCCCGAAGCCUUUCAGAGGACAGCUUAGGAGCUUACAGGUGCACUGAAGCCAACACAACACCUUUGGGAUUGUACUUACCUGGUGAGAAUGCCAAGGUGACCCCGGAGCGGCUGGAAAGAGCAUCCAAGUGGCAGGGCAGCCAGUCCCCGCCUCCCAGGAAAAAUCAUUUGGUGGCUGAUAAGGUGGAUGACAAGCUGGGUGUCCUGCAGCUAGAGGAUGUUGAAGAUGAACUGAUAAGGGAAGAAGUCAUCCUGUCCCCAGCACCCUCUGCGCUGAAGCUGCAAAUCGUGUCAAAGCCAAUUGACUUCUCAGCUGCAAAGGAAAUAAAGACCCUUCUGUUUGGUUCGACCUUUUGCUGCUUCAGUGAAGAAUGGAAACUCCAGAGCUUUUCUUUCAGUGACACUGCCCCAUUGAAAUAUGGCAUUGUGCAGAACAAGGGUGGUCCCUGUGGGGUUCUGGCAGCUGUCCAAGGCUGCCUGCUGCAGAAACUCCUGUUUGAAGGAGAUAGCAGAGCCAGCUGCCCCCGCCCGCUGCAGCCUUCAGAUACCCAGAGGACCUGCUGCCUUGCACUGGCCAUUGCAGAUAUCCUAUGGCGAGCUGGUGGCCGAAAGCAAGCUGUGGUCACACUGGCUUCGGGAACACAGCACUUCAGUCCAACAGGGAAAUACAAAGCAGAUGGAGUCUUAGAAACACUCACGCUGUACAAUUUGACAAGCUAUGAGGAUCUGGUCACUUUUCUCCAGCACAGCAUUCAUCAGUUUGAAGCAGGCCCCUACGGCUGCAUCCUGCUCACCCUGUCUGCUGUCCUGUCCAGGACCCUGGAGCUUGUCCGCCAGGACUUUGAUGUCCCUACCAGCCACCUGAUUGGAGCACACGGAUACUGCACACAGGAACUUGUCAAUCUUCUCUUGACUGGGAGAGCUGUGUCCAAUGUUUUUAAUGAUGUGGUGGAGCUGGAUUCAGGGGAUGGGAAUACCACACUGCUCCGAGGCAUCCAUAUGCGCAGUGAUAUUGGUUUCCUGUCUCUCUUUGAGCACUACAACGUGUGCCAGGUUGGCUGCUUCCUGAAGACCCCGCGGUUCCCCAUCUGGGUGGUGUGCAGCGAGAGCCACUUCAGCGUCCUGUUCGGCCUGCAGCUGGAGCUCUUGUCUGACUGGAAGUCUGAGCAUAAAUUUGACCUGUACUACUAUGACGGUCUGGCCAAUCAGCAGGAGGAGAUCCGGCUGACUGUUGAUACUACCCAGACCACCCUCAAGGACAACAACAAUGACCUUGUCCCUCCACUAGAGCUCUGCAUUAGAACCAAGUGGAAGGGGGCUUCUGUGAACUGGAAUGGCUCAGAACCCAUCCUGUGACCCAUCAAUGCACUAAGCUCUGUGGCUUCACCACUCAUCACUUGGAUGAUUCCGGGACCCCAGGCCCCAGGGACAAGGCUCUGAGACGAGCCGACCCAAGUGGGCCUUUGUAGAGUGUAUUGUCUCACUCCCUUCUGUGAAGGGCCAUGGUGCGGCCUGGUGCACUGUUGAGGUUCUCUCAGCCCACCUGUGACUGCCAACGAUGGAAGGAGACCCCCAGGAACCCUGCAGCCUUUUAUAUGACUCCUCUCUUGCUUCCCCUGAAUCACUCCCUCACCAAAGCUUCUGAUGUUGUUGGCCUUGGGGACCUGAAUGCUUAUUACUUAAGCAUCUAUAAAGCAAGAGUCAAAUGUA